CAGCGGCGGCGGCACGGGUUGUUUGGUCACAAGCUCAUCUUCUCGUCUCUUGACAGCUGCGGGGCCAAGAUUGUAAUUGGGGAAAGCGACGGUAAAUUGAUGACGUCGUAUUUCUAGCAAUACAAAACCCGUAGCAGCGUACCAGACUUUUGGGGAACCCAGCAUUUCAGCCGUCUCGAGCGAAUCGAGCGUCAUGGUCUCUUUGAAUGCGUCCUGGCGCGACACGACGCCUUAUUUACUCUAUAUACUGCUGGUCUCUUCCAUCGGACCUUUGCAAUUUGGAUAUCAUUUGGCCGAACUCAAUGCUCCUCAAGAAGUAAUAAAUUGCAACCGAAAAUCAAUCAAAGGGAUUACUACCAUAUCGAGUUCCAAGCUUCCGCAAUGUAUUCCAAUGAACCCAACCAUUUUUGGGCUUGUGUCCUCCAUCUUCACAUUGGGCGGCUUGGUUGGUGCCCUCGCGGCUGGUCCCUACUCGAGCAAGUACGGACGUCGACCGACAAUGCUUCUCACAACUAUCUUUUUCACCAUCGGGCCACUCUUUGAAGCCUUGGCCCCCGACGUGACAAUCAUGGUAAUUGGAAGAAUAUUGUCAGGGAUGGGCGCGGGCGCUUCCGUUGUCGUGGCUCCACUUUACAUUUCUGAGACUGCGCCUCCGAAUGAGAAAGGAGUGUUUGGAGCGCUCACGCAGAUCAUGAUUAAUGUGGGCAUCUUCAUUGCUCAACUGCUUGGAUACUUCUUGAGCCAUGAUCAAAUGUGGCGUCUCAUUCUAGCCAUCGCUGGUGCCAUUGGCCUCUUCCAUGCCGCCAACCAACUCCUUGUCCCAGAAAGUCCGAAAUGGUCCGCUGAUAAGGGUCGCACUCGGCAAGCUAUGAAUGACUUGCAGAGAAUCCGGGGCCCAACGGCCGAUGUUACUGAGGAGAUCAAUGCGUGGGGCGUCAAGAGUGUCGACGAAGACGAGGAAGAAGCUUUGCUAAGCGAUCGCCCUCGAAACAGUGUUGCUUCUGCAAACUCUGAAGCCCACGUUGGUAUCAUUGGUAUCGCAACCGAUCCAAACUAUCGACCUGCCCUUAUUGCUGUGGUCGGCGUCAUGGUUGCCCAGCAGCUAUGCGGCAUCAACAGUAUCGUCAUGUACUCAGUUUCGCUACUUUCGCACCUGCUCGAAUCCAACGCGGCCUUACUGACGGUGGUCGUAUCUGUGGUAAACGUAGUGACAACUACAGCUUUUGCGCCGCUGGUUGAUCGCCUGGGAAGGAAAACAUGCCUUCUCAUGUCCAUUUGCGGGAUGGGUAUCUGUUCCGGACUAUUGGCUAUUUCAAUCAUCUACUCGAUCCGCAUUCUCUCAGCAGUUUCUACGCUUUUGUUCGUGACAAGUUUCGCUGCAGGACUUGGCCCUGUCCCGUUCCUACUUUCCUCUGAGCUGGUGGGUACCGAAGCUGUGGGCGCGACUCAAAGCUGGGCGCUGGCGGCCAACUGGAUCGCCACAUUUGUGGUUGCCCAAUUCUUCCCUGUUGUCAACAAUGCACUUGGCAAGGGCCAGGUAUAUUUUGUGUUCAUGGCGCUGGCAGCUGUCUUUUUUGUGUUCGUGUCCUGGCGGGUUCCGGAGACGAAGGGCAAGAAGAACCCUGACGAAGUCUGGGGCAGAGCGGAGCGUCGUCUUGAAUAGAGGUGCAUAACGUCUCUGACGCCCUAUACUUUGUACAGUAAUGAUUUGACUGAAUGGAACCAUUUUCAUGUGGGAGUUGGGAGUCUUGUAUUAAAACAUGUGAAAGAAGCUGCAUGUACUGAUUUUUUUUUUUUUUUUUUUUUUUUUCG